AUGGCCGCGGCUGCCAUUGGCAACACCAUCAGCGAUGGCGCUGGCAUUUGGUCUGGUCAGUGGCUGGAGUCCAAAUGCAAAGUGCUUGGCUUCGAGGAGCCGAAGCUGACCGAUGCCCAGCAAGAGCUUCCUGUGACGAUUCGUUGGCGCAACGUAGGCCCAAGGCAUUGCGUUGCGCCCUACUUUGGACUACGGCCGGUGGCUUUUUGUCGCCAAUAUUCAGCUCUCAUCUUUUCAGAGCCCCAGCCCUUUCCAGCAUGUUCCUUUUGGAACUGGUUCCAAGAGUUCAUUUGUGAAACGCUAUUGCAACUCUCACCAGCAGCUGCACUCACCACGGUGCCCGAUCGUGUGGACAUACCCAAUGCGCUAGCUUCCGCGGCAUCAUCACCAUAG